UCUUCCCGACUGUCUUCCAUUUGUAAAUACAUUUAUUUUCAUUGGUAGCGCGGCCACUAGAGUAUCUGGUCAAUAUAAUGGAGAAUCUGUGAUGAAGUUCAUUUUUCACAGUUGGUGAUGGCGGGUGUUGUCGAAAUCGACACCAUGAAGAAUUACCACAUAGCCUUUGAGAGAAUAGACCCCGAUACGAGCCGUUAUCCCUACUGUAUUGUGUGGACACCUAUCCCCGUGCUAUCAUGGCUGCUACCAUUCAUUGGACACAUGGGAAUCUGCACCUCUUCAGGUAUCAUCCGUGACUUUGCUGGGCCCUACUUUGUCUCUGAAGACAACAUGGCCUUUGGGAGACCAACAAAGUACUGGAUGCUGGACGUAGCCAAGGUGUAUGCUAGUGGCUCCAACGCCUGGGACACAGCAGUGCAUGACGCCUCAGAAGAGUACAAAAACAGAAUGCACAACCUCUGCUGUGACAACUGUCACUCCCAUGUGGCCAUGGCUCUGAACCUGAUGCGCUAUGAGAACAAGACCUCGUGGAACAUGAUCAACCUCUGUCUGCUCUCCCUAGUCCACGGAAAGCACAUCAGCUGUGCAGGGUUCUUGAAGACCUGGCUUCCCUUCCUCAUGUUGCUGGGUAUUAUCCUGACUGUGGCUCUAACCAUUAACCUGCGGUGACCAGCCAACCAGGUGGGAGGACACAGCUUACAGGGUGGGAAGGGGGAGGGAGAUGGGGGUUGAGUGAGGUGAGAGCACACACGGGGAGGGGGGACCCCCUGCAGGUUGGAAGUUGAGGUGGGAGGUGUCACUCUACACCUACUCUGCUUGUGAGGACCGAGCGGGGAAAAAAGACAUGGAACUGUGACAUCCCAGCAACAAACAAAACAAUGAGAGAAGGGCAAUAACAUCCUCCUCUCGACUUAACACAAAGCCUGCUUGUUUCUAGGACCAGGCAACCUAGCUUUCAAUGGUGGCGGAUGGCAAUUUUGUUUUUUGUUUAUUUUGGCAUUGAGGUUAAUUGUUCUUGAUGGACGGUAGCUUACUUAUAAAUGUUUUAAUCCCCCUCCACACACAUCCCAACCCCAUGCAAUUUAAUGCAGUUUUCAAAUGUUUUGAUUUUCAAUUAAGUCCUACUAUGGGGUGUAUAGACCCUCGUAAUUUCUAGGUAAUGGAUGAUGUUGCAGGUUCUGUAGACUAGAGGAGCGAUGGUAGUGGUGAAGGGGGCAGGGGUUGUUGUUUCUUUCAGGGGUAGUAGUCUUGUCUUCCACAGCGACAGCAGUAUCCAUCUCUUUCUCUCUCUGCCAUGCUGAAACAAACACCCACCAUCCAUCUAAUGACAUGGGACUGAUGAUGACUCUGUGCUUCGCAUAUUCCAUCUUGAUGAUUGGAACAGAAAACAUGACAUUUCCCUUUUAAUGCCUUUAAAGGAAUGUGUUAUUGUGUUGACAUUUUAUACUUGGAUUGAUACAGUUCCUAUUUCUGCGACUUUUAAUAGCCUGUGAUUCACCAAGAGUGAUUUGUUGUUACAAUUAAUUGAAUCUACUACAUUGGAGUGUAUCCAGGAUAAUAAUUCUCAAAACUCUGCUAUAAACAAGUGAUGCUUCAUAUGUUGUAUAAUAUCUAUGAGUUUAAUUUAACUGCUUGUAUCUGCAUUUUAUUAAAAUAUUUCUAUUUUUCUUAGAACUCGAUUGACAAUUAUGUUUAGACCUGUUUUAAUGAUGGCUCUUUUUGAAAUGGGAUUAUAGAUUUCAGAUUAUCUCAUUAAGUGUGUUGGAUUAUUUGGAUACUUCCUACAGUUGCCAUGGUAACCUCUGUGGAACCCUGGACUCAUAACUCUGGACUGCCGAUAGGAAUGAAAUGCAUGAGGUUCUGGAAUGCUGCAGAGUUCAUUUGUGUUCUAGAAUGUGAGCGUGCCAAAUGUAGAGCUUCCCGGUCCCUACAGGAGAGGGAUCACCGCUUUCUGAUCUGUUCCACGCGCAAACUUUAACCCCAAUGUGCCCCAGAAGAAAGAAGCACCUCUGAAACCUGGCUCGGCCUGAGUUGACAAAUUAAAAGUAAUUCAUAUAGUUGGUGCCUGGAAAAACAUCAAUUUAUAUCAAACUUCAUUUUUAGACCGUACCAUCUAUAUUGAUUUUGUAUGUAGUAGCCUACUUUCAAACACUGGCUAAUCCUAGAUCAGGGGUUCCCAAACUUGGUCCCGGGGCCUCCCCUGGAUGCACGUUUUGGUUUUUGCCCUAGCACUAAACAGAUGAUUCAAAUAACCAACAGAAUCAUCAAGCGUUGAUUAUUUCAAUCAGCUGUUUAGUGCUAGGGCAAAAACCAAAACGUGCACCCAUGGGGGGCCUCUGCACCGCGUUUGGGAAACCCUGUCCUAGAUGAUGGUUGGCUCACAACAUCCAAUGACAUGGCUUUCUUCUGCGGUGGCAGGUUCAAAUCCCCUCAUUGUUUGAGUGAAAGCGCUGAGCCUUGAGCCUUUUCUCUUUAUCUGUGGAGCUGCCAGAAGCAGCAGGUAGCCUGCUGGCUCCUCCAGGUUUACACACCCUUGUCACACUACCGAGCUGGACUGAACCGAUGUACUGAGCUGGCCUGGUUACGCAUCCAGCAUAACGUGUAACCGUGCUGACUAAAAAUGACUGUGCCAGAACAGUUUGGUUCGUUUUGGGUUGGGUUGGCACAUUAGUGUUAGAAGCAUACAAGUCUUUGACUUAAUAUCCUGUGGUCUCCUCCUGUGCCAGAGAAAGUUUCACUCCUGUCUCAGAUGAGAUUAGGACAUAGUGAAAUGCCAAUGCAUCUCUAUGCAGCCCUAUUCACAUUCCUGCUUCUUUCUCUCUAGUUGGACUUUAUUAUUUGAAAUUCCAGUAAAUGUGAUAUGUCGAUCUACUACUGCAAUAACCCCAAAUUGUAUGUAGAAAAACAAACAGAAAACCAUGUUUAGAUUUGUAUAGGAAAUCUUUAAAGAUCCUUUUGCUUUCCAUUACUUUCACAGUCAAGGCAGUUUUACACUACUUCUGUAGCUGUUGGUGAUUUUAUGCGAGAUGCCAAUUGUUUCCAGGGUAUUGACAUUCCUUUGGUGUGCUUAUGGCAUCUUUCAUCUUUCUUUUUCCUUUCAUGUUCAUGUGUAAAUUUUAGACCAAGUGCUUUUGUCUUAGGAUACUUGAUGAUAAAUCACACCUGUUUUUAAUGUUCUGUUUUAAUUUAUAUUGUAAAUGAGCUAUCCUCCUUAA